AUGUGUGGCCCUGAGACUGGCCUAUGUGUGACUUGCAGAGUUAAUGAUUAUCCCAGCAGUUGUCUAAACUGCUUGGUUCCACUGGGCUACUGCAAGCAGUUAGAGCAGUCUCCAGAGAGCAGCAUGUUCUCCUUGCUCUUUGGGGCUGGACUGGUGGUUCUGAACCUAGUGAGCUCUGCAAGGAGCCAGAAAACAGAACCUCUUAGUGGCUCUGGGGACCAGCCCCUCUUCCGUGGUGCAGAUCGAUAUGACUUUGCCAUCAUGAUCCCUCCAGGAGGCACAGAAUGCUUUUGGCAAUUUGCCCACCAGACUGGAUACUUCUAUUUCAGUUAUGAGGUUCAGCGGACACUGGGAAUGUCACAUGACCGGCAUGUUGCUGCCACUGCACAUACCCCACAGGGUUUCCUUAUAGACACCUCUAAGAAUGUUCGGGGCCAGAUUAACUUCUCUACCCAAGAGACAGGUUUUUAUCAGCUUUGUCUAAAAAAUCAGCAAAAUCGCUUUGGUUCUGUGCAAGUAUACCUCAAUUUUGGAGUCUUCUAUGAGGGGCCUGAGAUGGACCACAAAGAGAAGAAAGAAAGAAAACAACUGAAUGAUACUUUGGAUGCAAUUGAGAAGAGUACACGAACGCUGCAGAACAAUAUCUUUCACAUGUGGCGAUACUACAACUUCGCUCGCAUGAGAAAAACGGCUGACUUUUUCCUACUCCAGUCAAACUAUAACUAUGUGAAUUGGUGGUCGACAGCCCAGAGCCUUGUUAUUAUUCUUUCUGGGAUCCUGCAGCUGUAUUUCUUGAAGCGUCUCUUCAACAUCCCAACGACUACAGACACAAAGAAGCCAAGAUGCUAAGCUCGAACAACUACAGUGCCCGGGCUCUUUUCUUCUGGGACACAAGCUCUCUCAAAUCUUUGUAAAGUUACUGGGGAAAAGAUCAAUUUUUCUUGUUAGAAAGUUGUAGCCUAUUGCUCUCAUCUACACAGGCAAAACAGCAAUAAAUAAAAGUGUGU